ACAGAACGUGCUUGCAGAAAUAAUGAAAUCGGUGUUUUAAGUUUUCGUUUUUAUUUGUGUAUUUCAAAAAUCCAUGCUGUAAAGUAAUUAUAAGUUUGUAAAGAUGAUCGGUGAUGUUACAUUGUUUGUUUUUUCACUGUUUGAUAUAGGCGGCUUAUUAUUUUUAACAGUUUAUGUUGUGAUAACCUUGUCAGAUCUUGAAUGUGAUUACCUAAAUGCUCAACAGUGCUGUUCAAAGCUUAAUAAAUGGAUUAUUCCUGAAAUGAUAGCUCAAGGCAUAAUUACUGUUCUUUUGUUAAUUGAGUGGCAUUGGAUUUUAUUUCUUAUAAAUCUACCUAUGACUUGCUGGCAAGUUUAUAAGAAACUGAUGGUUCCAUCUGGAAAUUUUGGUAUUUAUGAUCCUACAGAAAUUCAUAACCGUGGUAAUUUGAAGCAACAUAUGCGAGAUUCUAUGAUUAGAUUAGCCUUUUAUUUAAUCUUCUUUUUCGUCUACUUGUACUGCAUGAUAAUCUCACUGCUGAUGAAAUCGCCAGACAGCAUCACAAGUGAUGAAUUUUGACACAAUAAAACCAAGUUCUUCAGGUGCUUUGAGUAAUACGUUACUUUUUGAAAAUUCCAUUGUGAAUGGUAAAUGUGAUUACUCUUAAAAUUUCUGAAACUAAACAUCAGGCAUCAUGAUUUACCAUUUAGUUGUAAAAUUUCUCCUUGUGUGUGUGAAAAUGAACAUGCUUACACAGUCAUUAAUUGUUAAAAAAAAUUGUAUUAUUUAUUGAAUGAAAUUCAUGGAUGUAUGUUAUGAGCAGUGUGUUUAUUUAAUCAUUCCUCAAUAUUGUCUUCUUGAAAUUUGUAUUGAGUAGUCUCAUUUUCAAAUUACUUGUGUAAGUUUUUUUUAUUUUGCUUUAUACAUCAUAUUAAAAAUAAAUACUUAUUUCAUUGUAUUUCUUAUUAUA